UCGAGUGCAUUGUUGGCAACACUGUGCCCAUUUUGUUGUGAACAAUUUUUGUUAAUUUUUUAAUUUAAUUUGUACAAGUCGUGCGAGUACAGAGUGCGUGUGCCGAGACAGCAAAACCCAUUGACAAAAGUGCAGCAUGCGCCAGUCGACAUAGGAAGCAGCAACCAACGCAACGCAAUACGUUGCAGCCAGAUCGGACGUAGGCAAAUAGACGAAGUACAUAGAAAAUGACCAUGGGCGAGCGUGAGCCAACUUCGUCUCUCGUUCUGCCCGUUAUACUGCGGCCUAUUUUCUCACAGCUGGAGCGACGCGAUGUUGGCGCCGCUCAAUCUCUGCGCUCGGCCAUACUGAAAUCGGAGCAGAACAAUCCGGGGUUUUGCUACGACCUCGUUGCGACGAUCGUGCGACGUGCUGAUCUAAAUGUCAACCUGAAUGAGGCCGUCUUGCGAUUGCAGGGCAACAUUACAGAAGCAGACCUUAAUGAGUACCGCUUGACACGCACCGAGGAGCCCUUCCAGGAGCUGAACCGCAAGUCAGUGGCCCUCAAGGUGAUCCUCAGUCGCAUACCCGACGAGAUUAACGAUAGGAAGACCUUUCUGGAGACCAUUAAGGAAAUCGCCAGCGCCAUAAAGAAAUUGCUCGAUGUGGUCAACGAGAUCGGCUCGUUCAUACCGGGCGUUACGGGCAAGCAGGCUGUGGAGCAGCGUAAGAAGGAGUUUGUCAAAUAUUCCAAGAAGUUCAGCACAACGCUGAAGGAGUAUUUCAAAGAAGGACAACCGAAUGCAGUAUUCAUAAGUGCACUUUUUCUAAUACGGCAAACGAAUCAAAUAAUGCUGACAGUUAAAAGCAAAUGCGAGUAGAGAAUUAAAUGUUUUUUUUAAUUACGGCAAACCUUAGUGGCAUUUUAAAUUUAUGUUUAAAUAACCAUUUAAAACACACACAA